UUUACAUUUAUUUUAUUUUUAUUUAUUUAAUUUUUUUGCUCCAGCGGAUUGUGAGAGUGUGAUAUUGUGUAGAAAAUGUACGCAGGACGGAAAAGAAGAAAAGCCGCACAGAAAGCUGUGAAGCAGCCUCCAGCUGAUGGAGUGAAGUCGAACCCGUCUAAACGUCAUCGUGAUCGUCUGAACUCGGAGCUGGAUCGUCUCGCUCGCUUGUUACCAUUUCCUGAUGACGUCACGUCAAGUCUAGACAAACUGUCCAUCCUGCGUCUGAGCGUCAGCUUCCUGCGCAGCAAGAACUUCUUCUCCAUUACCCUAAAGAAUCACACCAGUAAAAGGUUGCCAUCCAGCAACGGUAACCAUGACAACAGUAAAGCUGCAGGAUUGGUGGAUGGACGGCUACCAGAGGGGGAACUACUGCUGCAGGCUCUUAACGGGUUUGUGCUAGUGGUUACUUCAGAAGGGAUCAUAUUCUAUGCCUCACACACUAUUCAGGAUUACCUCGGAUUCCACCAGACGGAUGUGCUACAUCAGUGUGUGUUUGAGUUGGUCCAUGUGGAGGAUCAGCAGGCGUUUAGGCAUAAUCUGCACUGGGCUCUGAACCCUCCUGCUGCGGAGCAACAGCCCAAGAAAGCACAGGGUUCUGUCUCCGGUUUGUCUGCAGUCACGUAUAAACCAGACCAACUGCCUCCAGAGAACUCGUCCUUCCUGGAGAGGAGCUUCAUCUGUCGCUUCCGCUGCCUGCUCGACAACUCGUCCGGCUUCCUGGCGCUGAAUCUCCAGGGUCGCCUGAAGUUCCUCCACGGUCAGAACAGACGACUGGACGAUGGAGGUCAAGCACCACCUCAACUGGCCCUGUUUGCUGUAGCCACGCCCCUUCAGCCCCCUUCCAUCCUGGAGAUCCGCACCAAGAACAUGAUCUUCAGAACCAAACAUAAGCUGGACUUCACUCCUAUGGCCUGUGAUGCCAAGGGUAAAAUAGUUCUAGGUUACACCGAGGCAGAGUUACGGGUCCGCGGCACAGGCUACCAGUUCAUCCACGCAGCCGACAUGCUGUACUGCGCAGAGAACCACGUCCGCAUGAUUAAGACUGGGGAAAGUGGCCUGACUGUGUUUCGACUGCUCACCAAGGAAAACCGGUGGAAGUGGGUGCAGGCCAACGCAAGACUCGUCUAUAAAAAUGGCAAACCCGAUUACAUCAUUGCCACUCAGAGGCCCCUCGGGGAGGAAGAAGGAAGUGAACAUUUAAGGAAACGCUCCAUGCACCUCCCCUUCACGUUUGCAACUGGCGAAGCUUUGUUGUAUCAGACCAGCUUCCCCAUCCCUGGCUUCUCUGAUAACAUGGCGACCAAAGGCAAGAGUGGGAAAGCCAAGAAAACCAAAGUAGACAAAGCGUCAAAAGAUGAGCUGGACCCCAGCUCCCUGCUUGGUGCAAUGAUGAGGCAGGACAAGUCGGUUUACGUAUGCCAGCCCGCGUCAGACCCUAAAGCACCAUACCGCAGCAGCCUGCCUAGCAAACAGGAGGAGACCAGCACCUUUUCUACAUCUGUGGAAAGUGAGAACUGGAAUUCUGUACCAAAUAGUGUAAACGGAGUCCCCAAGUCUGAAGUGCCAACUAGUUUCGACCCCCUGCUGGCUACACUGGAUUCUCUGUCGCUAGAAAAUGAAGAAAACUGCUCCAACAGCGAGUUGUUUAACGCGCUGGAAAACCUGGGAUUGAAUGCUGAGGAUCUGGAGCUGCUGCUCCUGGAUGAGAGGAUGAUCCAGGUGGAAAUGGAGCCGGAAUACGUACCUUCCCUCAACGAUAUCCUUACUAACAAUGAGAUCCUGUCAUAUAUCCAUGAAUCAUUAGAAAAUAGGACAGGCAACAGGGAUGGUCUUGUUCCCUUUACUGCCCCUGACCUUGUAGACCCUAUAGAGGGCUCCUCAAAUCCAUAUAACCCACCGUCCAUGUCUGAUUCGAAUCCUACGACUGUUUCAAGCUCAUAUUUACCCUUCCGACCUCCCAGACUUUCAUCACCCAUUCUACAUCUGUCGCAGCAGAUGCAGCAGCACUUGAGCGCUCAGUCCCUGCACCAAAAAUGCCACAGCUGGAUUCCAGAGUCACAGAUUAGCGAGGUUCCAUUCCCUCAGCACAGUUCAGUACUUGUUAAUGCAAUAGCUGAUGUUCAGAAUGGUCACUGGAUCGCUCAACAAACCCCGGAGGAAGUCUCACAGGUUGAUGUAAAGUUUCCAGAAUCCAGUAGACAUCAGCAGCCUUGGUGCCAAAACCAGAUGCAGUCCCAUUUUCCGUAUAAACACGAACAUAUGAGUGGCGGUGGCUCUCAAAAUGGGAUCUACCCCACCCACCAGUGGCAAGGACGCAACUACAUAGACCAACUGGUCACCGCUGGUAGCCAUGUGGAUUACAGUAUGGUCACCGAGUCCCGGGAGGAGUUCAAUAGUAGAUCGGUUGGGGAAUUGCCAACAUCAUCAUCAUCAUCGUCAUCAUCAUCUUAUCAGCAGCUUUACACAAAACAACCACCCACAAAUUUUUCCUACACCAAUCAGAACUCCUCAAUGGAUCACAUUCUUCCCUCAUUGGAUGUUUAUGAAAUGUUUGAUUCCGCACAAUCCCAUGACUCCACCCACAGAAAGAUGGAAAACGGCUUCGUCCUCGACCCCACCACGACCUGCCCGCUCCCUAACAACAACGGUGUGGCACCGACGCCUGGCGACAAGCCCCGCCCACCUCUCCCAGAUCCACCAGCCACUGGCUUCUACCUCUAACGGAAGCCAGACGACGGACCAAUCAGAGCAUGCGCUGGCUAAAUCUGAUCGGCAGGAACGAACGACUAAAACGAAGCGUUUCUGAUAUCACUGUUAAUAUUUAUUCGAUUCUAAAGUGAGGUGAGGAAGUGGUUUAGUUAUUCCAGAUAAAUCAGUAAGCACUCGGAGGUGUGUGUGUCGAGUUUUAAUGCGUUUAUGACGUUCGUGUAUUAUUCCGCUGAGGAUUUCUCACGUGUUAUUGGUCACGACUCGCCAUUAAAGACGUCACCGGUCUAAAAACGUACGUGUGUGUAUGUGUGCGUGAGACGCAGUGAAAGCUAUACGUGGCUAUAUACUUAGACUGAGAGAGAAAAAAGCAGUAUUAUGAUAAUAAAUAGAAACAUGAAGAUGGAGAUGAUUAAUUUAUUUAUAAGCUGGUCAGAUGAUUAUGAACGUAUUGUAUUUAAUAGCUUUUAACCAACGUAGCACUUCUGUUUAAGCACUAACUCUGAAAGAGUUUAGCGUUUCUGAAAAGGAAAAGGUCUCUCUUGUCGUUGCCUUUUGCUUCAACUUGAUGCUUUAAGUUACACCAGCUAGCCGUGGGGUUUUUUUAAAUGAGGAUUUUGUACAUUUAUGACAAAAAUCUUCUCCUAUUUCUUAUAGAAAAGCCUAGCUAAUAUGAUAUGAUACACUAGUUGGCGUGCGUAGACAUAUAUGUAUUGUAUGUCUAUGUUGCCAUGGAACACGACAGCCUAGCGGUGUUCAAUAGCAUUGUUAGCUUCCUUGCUUUUUUUUUUUUUUUUUUUUUUUUUUUUUGAAUUAUUGUUACAGGAACGGUCGAAAGGAAAUCAUCUUGAAACGGGACAUUUUAAAUGGUUUUAUAAAGUUGUGACGAAAGCCAGCUAGCAUCAGGCUCGAAAGUUAGCGAGGCGGUUUUGUUUUUUAGCGUUUGCUAAUAGCGCUUUAUAAUAGCUAAUAGCUUUUGCUAAUCGCACUUCUAAAAUUCUCUCUUUAACAGUAGCACUCGAUCUGAGCCAUAUUUUUUUUAUGUUUUUUUUUUUUUUUAAACGACAAACCUGUGAAGUAUUUCUAAAAUCUGAAGAAAAAAAAAGCCUUUUUGUAUUUCUUUUUUUACUUGAGCUUGCUGAACUGAGACCGUAUGUGUGUGUGUGUGUGCGUGUGUGUGUGUUGUCGAGUUAGGGUUAUCUGUGGUUUAUCCAAGUGACAAACAUGAAAAAUGUUGACGAAUAAAACAAACAAAAAAAAAAUCAUUAUUAUUAAGACUGUACUAUACUGGAGUACUAUUAUUAUUAUUAUUAUUAUUAUUAUUAUUAUUAAUAAAAUUAAUAGUAUUAUUAUAAUUAUGAUGAUGAUGACUGGAAUAGGAAAAAUAAGUGAAAUAUAUAUAUAUGUAUUAAUGUAAUGCUAUAAAAUGGAAUUUCUACAUACGAUUAAUUACUUAAAGUGCAACCUUCUUUUAAAAAAAAAACGUGUGGUGUUGUGAGAAAGCAGUCAUGAUGUCAUCCUCUUGGAAUCGGCAAAUUUCUGCUGUUUUUCCUGUCAAGUUCCUGUAUUUCUUUAAAAAUAUGUAACGAAUUGUCACCAAAAUAAGGUGUUUAUCCAGUGUAAACAUGUCCAGACUUCCAUUAGCGUUAGCAGUGUAUCCCAUAGCUCGCCGAGCUCCAUUCAGCUGCCGGUUUACGAUAUGUAUACGAUACGGCCAAACGCUCUAAUGAGCAGAAAACGUUUCCUAAUCACCUCGCGUUCGCGUCUACGCGAAGCCGUUUUCUGCACGAGCCCAUCUCCGAACACUGCCGCGUUCUUUAAUCGCAGGUUUCCGUUCGAGGUUCUUCACCGUGUAGUCUGACAGGGAGACGCACGCUAUCACACAGUCUCUUAUGGACUUCAGAGUUUAUUGUACAGGAUCUCGUACAGCGUGACGAAAGAUAAUCUCGCGCAAGUCACAAAUACAGUUUUUAAAAAUAGUUCAUUGUUUGUUGUCAGUCUGUUGGCCAAGCAAAUGUUCUAGCAGUUUAGCUUACUUACGAAUAACUUCGUCACUGCACAUGAAAUACAGAACGCAUUUUAUUACAGGAACGUAUUUAACACGUGUUGCAUAUUUAUGACUCUUACAUUUGAGAUCAAAAGAUUAAUACAGUAUUUGAAAAAGAAUAACUUGUAUAUUAUAAUAUAUAUAUAUAUAAACGCCAUCUUAAAUAUACCUACUUAAAGACUACUUAAAGUUGUUACGUGAGGUGGCAUCAGCUCAAACUAUGAACCAUACAGUGAAAUUUCAAAAUCCAAAAUAAUAAAAACAAUGAAAAGGUGUAAUGUACACGAGUUUCUGUUGCUAGCACAGUUUUAAAACAAAACAAAACAAAAAAAAAAACACUCGUAGCACUCGCAGGAGAUUUACUUACUCAGACUUCUACUUCAACGAAAUGCUUACGAAGAGCUAGCUUGUUAUGUAGCUAACGUUGACUAGCCAUGAUGCGAGCUUGCCAUGAAUGGCGUUUUCGUCAUCCGGGACUACUAAUUUUGAGUUGGGUAAGAUAUACUCGAGUAAUUCUAAGCGUCCUGAAUUCAUCCUGCUGGAAACCGAGCCAACGUUUGGCCCCACCCUCUCGAAAUGUAACAGCGUGUCAGGGCGAGUUCUCGAGUCGCGAGCGCGUGCUUUGGAAAGGAAGCCGGGAAAAUCACAAAUGCAGCACGAACGUUGAUCAGAUCGAACGUUUAGAAGCUAGCUAAGUGGCGGUUAGCUAAUUUGAUAUCAUUUUAAAGUCAUCUAGAUAGCUACUUUUCUUUAAUGGAAGUUUUUACGAAACUAACGGUCAAACAACGACCAACCGUAACGUAAAAACGGGUUAAUAAAUAUAUAUAUAUA